UCAAGGAUUUGUUAUUAGUGGUAGGGACCGAGGUAUUGUCAGCUUUCCCGAGAGCUUUCUGGCAAAGAACUAACCUGCUACCAUAACCGGAAGAAGCAGCUAGGCCUUAUAGGCUAAUUCCCUAUAGCAGGAACUGCAAGUUCACCGGUCGUAAAAGUAUCAUCGAUUCGGUAAAGAGCCUCUCCAAGCGUAAUGGUCACAACAGGAUUGCACUUCUUGGAUUGGGCGGCUCUGGGUAUGCUUCCAUUAAUUUAAUAUCCGAAGUACUUACUAACGCUGUUCAGAAAAACCCAGAUCGCGCUCGAAUAUGUUUAUCAGCGAGCAAGUGAGAGCGAUUGUGAUAUUUUCUGGGUGCAGGGAAGCGGAGUGUUAAAAUUUAGUGAUGGUUUUAGGGCUAUUGCCCAACAGGUCCGAAUUCCUCUGGCCAUUGCGGAGACGGAAGAAGAAGGAUUGCUAUUGGGUGUAAGGAGGUGGUUUGAGGGUGCAGAUAGUGGCGAUUGGAUUCUAGUUAUAGACAACGCCGAUAAUGAGGAGGACUUUGUUGGAAACAACAGUCCCAUCGCUAAAUUUGUCCCACAAGGCCCCCGGGGUACACUCAUAUUCACCACCAGAUCCCGCCGGGUUGCAUUUCGCCAGGAGUGUGAAAAGAUCGAGGUGGGAAAAAUGGUGGAAGAUGAGGCGCGAGACUUGUUUUCGAAACACUAUUGUAUCGGGGGAGGUUUAAGGGAUCGGGAAGAAGAAGUUGUUUCCAUGAUCCUAGGUUCCGUGGGCCACCUGCCGCUGGCUGUGGUAGGAUCUGCAGCUUUCAUGGUUGAGACCGAAACACCACCCCCCGACUACUGGACCAUCUUCCGGGAGAACGAUAAGGGAAGAACGAAGCUACUUUCACAGCAGAUUAGCGAUAUCCGCCGCGAUGUCGACAUGACAGAAAGUAUUUUGAGCACAUACUUCAUCACUUUCGAUCGAAUUACAGAACAGAUGCCGACCGCCGGGCAUCUCCUACGGCUGAUCGCAUUCUUUGAUCGCCAAAAUAUACCCGAGCAGCUCCUGCGAGAAUCUGGC